CAUAACUUGUUGAAACAAAGUAAGCUUGGUUACAUAGCUGAGGCACUGACGUUUCUUUUCCAGAAUGACUGAUGUAGAACAUAAGUCCUUCUUAGCAAAGACAAAGCACUAUACAGUCUGUCUUAUAAUGCCAUAUAACUUCUCCUCAGAAUGUUCCUGAAUAUUUUGCAUUCUAUUACAUAGAAUAAUGUAAUAUUCUAUGUCUUGGACUGCCACUCAAAGUUAGCAGAUCUUAGGCUUGUGUUGCCAAGUAUUUCUUGGCUUUCAGCUCUUUCUGUAUUUAUGAACUUGAGGUUGCACUGUGAUUCAAACUCAGUUAAGAUAUUGAGAGAUACUCCUUUACCUCAGUCUCCUCUUCCCCCCUAGGAAACUACUCCUCACAUACGUGCAUGAACACUGAGUAGGGCUGACAAACUUCCUUUCCCCUUUAAAAAUUAUUCUCUCUCCUGGUCUGACUUUUCUCACACUAUUUUCUCUUUGGUGGUAUCUUUAGUUAUCUAUUGAGUUUCUAUAAACUGCCCCAUAUACCUUUCACUGCUUUGCUUUCUACUUCCACUUUGAUUUGUUAUGUUUUUCACUUCCAUUAGCCAAAUAUAAGUCAAAGGUGUACCUGUUAAAACAUUAAGACAAAUUGACAAAUGCAGACAACAGCUAUUUUCCUCAAGAGUCUCAAAUUUCUUCCAGCAUCUGAGUUCAGAUUGGAAAGGGAGAAUGUGAUGAAAGAAAAUCAAGAUCUCUCUGAAAUUAUUUUUCCAAACGCUGGCAUUCCUUCAUAUGGGAGGAGACAGUACUUCAGCUAAAAUGGAAAAAUACUGCUGUUGGCUGUUUAGCUAUUCAAUGACUAUAAUCUUAAUGACAUAUCAGAAGUUUCAUUGUCAAGAUACCCUCUGAAAAUUCCAGUGAUUUCAAGUGUUAUCUAAAUGGCAGAGUGGAUUUUAAUCGAUGAGGUAUUCAAACAGUGAGGACAAAGGAACAGUGAAGAACUGCUUUUCUAAAAAAAGGACCGAAUUGUAAACAACAGUUAAAAAGCCCCCAAAGAAUCAGAAGUGCUUUUAAAACUAGACUCAGGUUAUUCACUGCUGGUCUACCCGAUAUCUACUAUGUGUGUGUUACACAUGCUGGUUAUACUGUGCAAAUGGGGUAAUUGCUCACCAGAGCAAAAGUCCCUUUCAGUGGAAAAGGAGCAAAUGUAGCUUUAUUAGAGGGAAGGCAGUAGCCAAGUGAAGCAGCUGGAAUCACACUGAAGUCACUCUGAACUCUGCAGAUCAUUUCAUUCUCCCUUCUGCUACAGAGCUCACGUCCCUGAUUUACGGUGCCUUUUGUUUCAAAGAACUAAGAAAGAAAGCAACUCUGCAGCAUGACAUUUGAAGAUUUUGAGAAUUAUUCUUAUUUCUACGACCUGUCUGAGGAAGAUGAGUCACCCCAGUCCUCCCCCAGCAUUGCCCAUAUUAUUUCCCUUUUCUUUUACAGUGUGGCAUUUCUGCUGGGAGUGCCAGGUAAUGCCAUUGUCAUCUGGUUUAUGGGCUUUAAAUGGGAUAAAUCUGUUUCUACCCUCUGGUUCCUCAAUCUGGCCAUUGCAGAUUUCAUUUUUGUUCUCUUCCUGCCCCUCUAUAUUACGUAUGUGGCAAUGGGCUUCCACUGGCCUUUUGGGAAGUGGCUCUGCAAAAUGAACUCAUUCAUUGCACUACUUAAUAUGUUUGCCAGUGUUUUCUUCCUGACAUUCAUUAGCCUUGACCGCUACAUCCGCCUUGUCCACCCAGUCUUUUCCUACAAGUAUCGGACUGUAAGGAACACCCUUGUUCUCAGUGGGGUCAUUUGGAUGUCAGCUGCAAUUAUUGGUGGCCCUGCCUUAUACUUUAGAGACACAGCUACGGUUCUGAACAAUGUCACCAUUUGCUACAACAACUUCCAUGUGCACGACAGAGAACUUAUUUUGCUGACACAUCACAUUCUCAUUUGGGUGAGGCUUGCGUUUGGUUACCUCUUCCCUUUAGUGACCAUGGUCAUUUGCUACUCAUUGCUGAUUGUCAAAGUGAAGAGGAGAACUGUAUUGACUUCUAGCAGGCUUUUCUGGACCAUCAUUGCUGUAGUUGUAGCUUUUUUUGUUUGCUGGACACCAUAUCACAUAUUCAGCAUUGUGGAGCUGUCUGCUCACCAUGACGAAAACUUGCAUGACUUACUACAGGAUGGCAUUCCGCUCUCCACUGGCCUUGGUUUCAUCAACAGUUGCCUCAAUCCAAUCCUCUAUGUUCUGAUAAGCAAAAAGUUCCAGGCCCAGGUCAAGACAACAGUCUCUGAGGUGCUAAAACUGGCUCUGUGGGAAGUGAGCCGCUCAGGAACUGUCAGCGAGCAGCUGUGGAGCUCGGAAAACAGCCAUGCGCCUGUGCACUAUUGUGAAACUGCCCAGUGACUGUUCUCGUCAACAUCCCUCUCCAGAAAAGCUGACGGGAGAUUUGGAGUUGUUCUUGACUUCACAUCUGACAGUCAGAUAUGCAUCUUUGCAUAUACAGUUUUCUAUAAACAGUUGGCUUAAUUGCAUUUGCUGCUUUAAUUGAAAGGUUUUUAAUGGACACAUCAUUUGGGUGUGGUGUCCUUGCAAUGCACAUACAGCCUGAGCUGAAAGUUGUCAGCAUAAGUGGAAUUACUCCAGCUGGGUUUUUGAUGAGGAAUAUUGUUUUAAUCCCAUUGUUUUGCUAUGGUUCCAUACCUCAUUGAUAUCAAAAGAGCACAUACUAAAAAUAUUCCUCCUUGCCAUCACUGGUACCUCUCUUGUUUGAGGCAGUCUCAUCCAAGAGGUUGUAGCCAUACAUCAGUGGCCAUGAGUCCCGAUUGCCUAGUGCUGCCUGAAGUAGGAGUCACCUAGCUACAUCCCAGCUAAGUGAAGUGGCUGUGCUCUGCAACUGGAGAAUGAUCCCAAGACAGAGAACACUGAAUUGCUGCCUUCUCUUGUCAAAAAAGAAAAAUACGGAAAUAAAAUCUGUCUUCUCCCAAUGCUCUUUAUCUUAUACUCAAAAUUAAGACAGGAGACCCUAUGUUUUCUGGUCACUUAUUCUUGUGCUUUUAGCACUAGCUGGGUGCGAAAUACUGAGCAGAUGUUUCAUACAGGUAUUAGGUUCAUUUGAAAUGUGCAAAGAAUUAGUGAGAAUAUUUCUUGCAGAAGCUGAGAUUAAAGGUCCUGUGCCAUACUUCUUUUAAGUUUUUAGGCUUACAGCGGUUUACAACUAUUGGUUGCUUUUUAUUGCUCUGUCAAGCAAAGAUAAAGAAAUAACAUUUUGUUUGCCUUAAUGUCAAGCUUCAAAAAAUGGGUGUAGUGAAUUCGACAAUAUUCUGUUACAAGUCUGUAGCCAAAUUUGGACUUUGUUGCCAAAUGAGAGGCAAGACAGUUCAUCCAGGAAAUGGAGUCCACUCCCAUAAGAAAGAUGAAGUAGUCCCAGUUAUGCUGUGUUCUGUUCCAACUUGUUGCUUGCUGCAGAAUCACACACACCAAUGCAAAUAUAUAUACAUACAGAUAUGCUAUGUGGAGCGAAUCAAUUUCUGAUGCAAUACCACUUAAUUAAAAAGUUGAAUGUGGGACGAAACUCCACUAAAAGUAAAAGCACAGAGCUUUGGGUAAAUUUGAACUGUUUUUAACUUGCUAUUGGCUUAGGUAUAUAGAAUAAAAUUGCCUUUCAGAUAAUCUACCUAGUUUCUAUGGCCUGCCAACACACAUUAGUAGCAUUUAUACUGUAAUUGAGGCCUUAUAUGUAAAUAGAUUUGCAUUUGUAUAAAAUAUAUAUAUAUGUAUGCGUGACCACACCCAGUACUGGUAGCUGUACAAAUAGAAACAGUCUGACUGGUCUUUAACUAUUUCUUUGGGCUCUGGUUUCAGAGCCUGGGAGAGUCAGGCAGGAUCAGUGGAAUUUCAGCGUAUUUCACUUCAGGCUAGAAAGCUAGUAAGCAGCACUCUUCCUUUGAGUCAUUUGCUGCAUGGUACAUAGUUACUCAUCAUAAUAUUUUGGCACUGUGCUGCUGAAUAUGCCUAAAUGAAACAUCUUGGAGUUUUUCUUCACAUGUUCCCUGACAUCUUUCUAGGAAUGAUGUACUUUCCUGACUGUAGUCCAAAUGAAGUAAUAAAAUUUUUGUUGUUUCCAAAGA